AUGUGUAAGAGCUACGGCCAUUCUCUCUUCGUCACUCUGAGCUACUCACUCUAUCGGCCUUGUCCAAGAGGCCUUUUUGAGGCGCUGGAAUUGAAUUCUGCCGACCAAAUCUCGCCAGGCCAAAGAUCAAACGUCACAACCGACGACAGUGCAUCGACGCACGACCUUCCCUUGUCCCAGAUAUCGCCUAGGGCUCGCUUGAUUGAGCAUUCAAACUGCAAUCUGGCGUCGAGGCGGCAACCUGGCUGGGUGCUAGCCUUGUCCUUUUCGAAGUCUGCCAACGCAUUGCGCAGCCGUACUCGCUACUUUUCUAUGCUCUCAAUUGAACCAUUCAUACUCACAAUGAAGUGCACGACUAUGCGGUCGCUGGCGCUGCCACUACUUGCCUUCUUCUCACUGACCAUAUCAGCUCGACCACAUGGCCAUGAGGAACAUCCCGUCUGCAUCAUUGGCGCAGGCCCGGCUGGCCUAUCGGCGGCAAGCAGACUGAAGUCAAAAGGAAUCAAGUCCAUGAUCUUCGAAAAACAAGAAGCAGUCGGUGGAAAAUGCCAGUCUUGGUAUGAUGAAGACGGUACUUUCUAUCCACUCGGCGCCGCCUUCCUCUCGAACGUGUCCUAUCCCGAGACCAUUGCCAUUCUUAGCCAAACAGACGUUUCCACCCAACCCUUUUCACUUGCAGGCGGACGCGAGGCGUUUAGCUACAAUUACACCGACGGGCGCAUUCAGCAGGUGCCUGCCUUGGCACCUCAAUUCCUUGCGCAAGUAUCUGCAGAGAUCCCGCGCUACGUCGGCCUGUGGAAUACACGGUUCCGCCCCGUUGGCGUUGCCAACUUCAAGAAUGGUGUGCCAGACGAGUUUACAGUGUCGGGCGCAGAAUGGUUUCGCAUAAACAAUUUCACGGCUCUGCCAAUACUACUCGUAACACCGGUUGCGUUGUACGGCUACGGAGAUAUAAAUAUCGUGCCAGCGCUCUAUAUUCUGCAGUACAUGACGCCAGACGUUCUGACUGCGUUUGUCGGCUUGCAUGGCGUGUACUAUAUGGAUUUCAACAAGAUGUGGGUGGAAUUCGCAAAGAACAAUCUACGCGAGACGACCAUCAAGACCUCGGCCGAUGUCCGCCGCGUCGACCGAUCUGGCGCAAACCCGGUCCUGAUGUACACCGAGCCCGCGGCGAACGCAACCCACCACAAACGCAGCAAACAGACGUGCUCAUCCGUCAUCUUUGCCUUCCCACCCAGCAUCGACAAUCUCAAGCACGUGGGCCUAGACCUGACACCGCAAGAAACCAGCACCUUCUCCAACGUGACCACACACCAAUACUACUCCUCCGUCUCGGAAUUCGCCCUCCCCUUUGGCGUCUCCUACGCCGCCACCUCGCCCGCACCCAGUAUCCCACCCCCAAACGACGGCCAACCCGUCGCCAUCCUCCGCUUCAGCCCACGUUCCAACAUCUCCGUCGCCUGGUCCUGGGGCCCCUACGACUACCAGCCCGAGCAGACGGCCCGCCACCUGCUCGUCGACAGCCUGCGCAAAAUCAACAAGGACCCGCGCCAGAUCGACGCGAGCGUUGCACCCUUUUGCGACGACGAUAUCAAGGCUUUUCGCAAGUGGGACUAUUUUCCACAUUUUGAGGGUCCUGCGUUGCGGGCGGGUGCGUACGCGGCGUAUCAUUCGCUGCAGGGGGUUAAGAAGACGUAUUUUGCGAGUGGGCUGGCGGGCAUGGAGUUGGUUGAGUUUGCGAUUCGGGGUGGGUAUGAUGUUGUGGAUAGUUAUCUCUAG